AUGCGGCUGUUGUUCUGCGGCAAAAACUUUAACGGCGCGAAAGUGGUGGUACUCGCGACGACGACGAGAAAGACGACGACGAGGAAUUUGUUUUCUCGGCGCUGUUGUUUUUGCAGCAGCAGCGCUCGAAAGUGUUCUCCCUCUCAAAGUCUCUCCAAUGUCAUCAGCAAAAGGGGUGGUGGUGUUGUUCCCCAAAUUAGGGGUUGUUUACUCCGCGCAUCCUCCUCCUCCUCACCAUCGAAGGACAAAAACAACAGCAACAACACCAACAACACGAAUGCCUGGGAACUGUUCUACCAAAACCACCGAUCGAACUUUUUCAGAGACCGACACUAUUUGCGGAAAUCGUUCAAACGAGAUUUAAUGAACGACGUGGAAUUCGAAGGGUUCGUGGAAAAUGUCAGUCCCGAGGAGCUCGAGGAGAAAAUGAAAACGCUUCCCGCGCUUGAUGUUUUCGAGAUUGGCGUUGGGGUUGGGAACGCGAUGUUUCCGUUGCUACGAGCGAAUCCAAACUUACGAUUUCAAUGCGCGGAUGUGAGCGAAACCGCCAUCGAGCAGUUGAAGUUACACGUCGAUUACGACGAGCGUAGGAUUUCGAAAGCGUUUGUGGUCGACGCCGGGGAAAGAGGGUGUUUGGUGUCGAUGAAAGACGAAUCGUUCGAUGUUGUUUUGAUGUGUUUUUUUCUCUCCGCGUUAAACGAAGCAGAGAUUAGGAAUUGUUUGAUGGAGGUUAGAAGGGUGUUGAGGAACGGCGGGGUAGCUUUAGUGAGAGACUACGCGGACGACGACGAAAAGAACAAGGCCUCGUCCGACUUUAAUCCGGGAAGGAAAGUAGUCAUGGAAGACGAGCGGGAGGCUUACCGAAGGAGCGAUGGCACUUUAGCGCGAUUUUUUAGCGAGAGGCAGAUGAUGGAGAUGUUUACGGGAGUCGGGUUUCAAGAAGCAGCGAGCGGGGAAGAAGAUGGAGUAGGAGAAGAACGCGAGGAGAGAAAAGAAGGGAGCGCGGUGGAGAGAGUCUUGUUCACGCAAGCGAACAGGAAAAUGAAUGUUGAAAUCACGAGAGCGUUUCUUGAAGGUAGGUUUGUAAAAUAG